AUGACUCGUAACUCUACUAUCGAUGAGGUUACAUUUGUGACCAUUCUCUGGGUCUGUCAGACCAUCAGCUUCUUCUUCGUCGCCAUCCGACUCGCUCUCCAAUACCAUGUUGACCGCAAGUGGCACACCAGUGACAUCAUGAUCCUGGUGGCAUGGCUGUUCUCCCUGGGCAAUGGAAUUACUUGGUCCGCCGUCUACAAGCAGAUGUACCAAGUGAUAUCUCUCGCCAAAAAUUCGACAAUUGAUUUCUCCGAAGUGCCAGCUAAUAUUGGGUGGAUGCAAAGGCGGUAUCUUAACGGACAGCUCUCUGCCUACUUGAUAUCAUUCACCGGUUUAUGGUUGAUCAAGCUAUCAUUUGUGUUUUUCUUCCGGCAAUUGGGAAAUCGAUAUCGUGCACAACAGAUCCUCUGGUGGGUAGUUUUGGUACUCGUCAUUGGCUGCUAUGGGGGGACACUGGGCUGCCUGGACUAUAAGUGCGAGAUGAGUUCCCUAGAGUACAGUAUUGAGGUUUGCGCGACCGCCGGUGCGAUGCACUCCCAACAGGUCAGGUUGAGGGUAGCCACGACUCUAGACAUCCUGUCGGAUGCAGCCAUCAUUAUUCUUUCCGGUAACGUCAUGUGGAGGGCUCGAGUGAACCUGACCAGAAAGCUUGCCUUGAUCGGAGUCAGUUUCUUGACGGCGUUUAUUAUCAUCAUCGCGCUAUUACGACUAUUCCUCAGUGUAUCAGAUAUGAGCAUCAUAGACCCAAUCUGGCUAGGCUUCUGGAAUGCGCUUGAAAUCUGUGUGGGUGAGUUAACUCCGUUAAAGCGACGGCUGCUGUGA